AUGAAGAAGAUAAGUCUGGAACCCAAACCCUUGAUUCUACUGAUGCAGCCAUUGCUGAUGACUGUCGUCUGCUUCUUGUUGAUGCAUGAAUCCGACUUCUUUCCCGUUAUAUUUGGAGUAAAAAGCAUGAGACACAAUGAUGCUGAGAUGAUGUCUGCUCUCUACUUGCAAGUCAGCAUUGUGAGUCAGGCUAUCGUUUUCGUCACCAAUUACUUGGAGCGCCCUGGCAUGCUCCUAGUCUGCGCAUUUGUCGUUGCACAGUUGGUGGCAACUCUUAUCGCUGUGUAUGUGGAUUGGUCCUUUGCAAAAGUGAAAGGGUGCGGGUGGGGAUGGGCCGUUGCUAUCUGGAUAUACAGCGCCAUGUUCUAUGGGCUCCUAGACCUAAUCAAGUUUUCCAUACGCUACAUCGUCAGGCAAAACUUGCACGAGAACAAGGUACGUAUGUAUGCAUUUCUAUACACAACACAAAUAAAAGACUUUGACAUGGAGGAGAUAGAGGCACGGUGGGCUCAUGCACAAAGGGCUCCUCUACAUGGUCUGAACCAACCUGAAGAAGCAAGCAUUAGCAACAACAUCUUCAACGAAAAUAACAACCACACAGAAAUGUCUGAAAUCGCGUCUGGAAUCACGGAGCAGGCUAAGAAACUCGCUGAAAUUGCAAGGCUGCACGAGCUGCACGUGCUCAAGGGAAAGUCAAGUCAGUCGUGGGCUCGACAUUGAGACGAUACAGCAGCAC